UUGGAGCUGUCGUUAAUAUCAACAAAUUAUACUGCAACCAUGAUGCAACAUGUCCGCCUGGUACCUGAGGAAGACGAGGAUGAUCUUUAUUCGGGAUACAAUGAUUACAAUCCUACAUAUGACACUGAGGACUUGGAGAAUGAUGUAGCUUUUCAGCAGGCACUCAGAACUAGUCAUGGACGAAGGCCUCCAAUUACUGCAAAGCAUCCUGGGACAGCAGCUGCGCGCCCGCUGGGCACUGCCUUUGGUCCUAGAGUGAAUCUGUCAUCAUCCAUGGGAAGACCUAUGACUGGAGCCGUGCAGGAUGGUGUAGCUCGACCUAUGACAGCGGUGCAUGCAGCUGGUUACACAAAGGCUGCAUUCAAAGGUUCUGCAUUUGAUCCCCUUGGUCAGUCACGUGGUCCUGCUCCUCCUCUGGAAGCCAAAAAUGAAGAGACUCCAGAAGAAAAAAUAAGGCAACUGGAGAAAAAAAUUAAUGAACUGAUUGAAGAAAGCUGCAUUGCCAACAGCCGUGGUGACUUAAAACUGGCCCUUGAAAAAGCAAAAGAAGCUGGAAGGAAAGAGAGAGCCUUAGUACGACAGCGUGAGCAGUCCAUCUCUCCGGAGAAUAUUAAUUUAGACCUUACUUAUUCAGUGCUGUUCAAUUUGGCGAGCCAGUACUCUGCAAAUGAAAUGUAUGCUGAAGCCCUGAAUACCUAUCAAGUUAUUGUGAAAAACAAAAUGUUUAGUCAUGCAGGCCGUCUAAAAGUUAAUAUGGCAAACAUUUAUUUGAAGCAAAGAAAUUACUCAAAAGCAAUUAAAUUUUAUCGUAUGGCCCUUGAUCAGAUUCCUGGGGCCCACAAGGAGAUGAGGAUCAAAAUAAUGCAGAAUAUUGGGGUUGCAUUCAUUAAGACUGGUCAAUAUACUGAUGCUAUUACCUCUUUUGAACACAUAAUGAGUGAAUCUCCAAGUCUAACAUCUGGUUUCAACUUGAUCCUCUGCUAUUUUGCUAUUGGAGAUCGAGACCGAAUGAAAAAAGCCUUCCAAAAACUAAUAGCUGUACCUCUGGCAAUUGAUGAUGAAGACAAAUAUAUUUCACCAAAUGAUGAUCCACACACAAAUUUAGUUAUAGAAGCUAUUAAAAAUGACAGCCUACAUCAAAUGGAGCGAGAAAGGAAAGCUCUGGCAGAAAAAUACAUCAUGACAGCUGCAAAGUUGAUAGCUCCUUCAAUUGAAACUUCAUUUGCUGUUGGAUAUGACUGGUGUGUCGAAAUGGUAAAAUCAUCACUAUAUGUGGAAUUGGCAAACGAUUUAGAAAUAAACAAAGCAAUCACUUAUUUAAGGCAGAAGGACUUUAAUCAGGCCGUAGAGACCUUAAAAAUGUUUGAGAAAAAGGACAGCAGAGUGAAAAGUGCAGCUGCGACCAACCUAUCAUUCCUUUUUUUCUUGGAGAAAGACGUUGCACAAGCAGACCAUUAUGCAGACUUAGCUGUAUCGUCUGAUCGGUACAAUCCAUCAGCGCUAACAAAUAAAGGGAAUGCUGUGUUUGUUAAUGGUGAUUAUGAAAAAGCAGCUGAAUACUACAGAGAAGCUCUGAGAAAUGAUUCUUCUUGCACAGAGGCACUGUAUAAUCUUGGUUUGACUUACAAGAAAUUAAACCGCCUGGAAGAAGCUUUGGAUUGUUUCCAUAAACUGCAUGCAAUUCUCAGAAAUAGCGCUCAAGUUCUAAGUCAGAUUUCAAGCUUGUAUGAGAUGCUUGAGGAUCCGAAUCAGGCAUUGGAGUGGCUCAUGCAACUUAUUAGUGUUGUUCCUACAGAUUCACACGCAUUAGCCAAACUUGGAGAGUUGUACGAUAUUGAAGGUGACAAAUCUCAAGCCUUCCAAUAUUAUUAUGAGUCAUAUCGCUAUUUUCCUUCAAAUAUUGAAGUUAUUGAGUGGCUUGGAGCAUACUACAUUGAUAACCAGUUAUUUGAAAAAGCCAUUCAGUACUUUGAAAGAGCAGCGCUUAUUCAACCUACUCAAUUUAAAUGGCAGUUGAUGGUUGCUAGCUGUUACAGGAAGAGCGGUAACUACCACAAAGCUCUUAAAACCUACAAAGAUAUUCACAGGAAGUUUCCCGAUAAUGUGGAAUGUUUGCGUUUCUUGGUGCGGCUCUGUACUGAUACUGGAUUAAAAGAAGUUCAAGAAUAUGCUACCAAACUUAAGAAAGCAGAAAAAAUGAAAGAAUUAAGAGAACAGCGUGUAAGGUCCGGCAGAGAUGGCAGUGGCCGCAGUCGAAGAGAGGGGAGUGCAAGCAGUGAUAGUGGGCAGAGCAGUGGAACCAGUGCAAAAGGAGAGCGUCUAAGUGCAAAACUGCGAACACUGCCUGGAACAAAUGACCCAUAUGAAACUAGCGGCAACAAAGAUAUAGAUGCAUCAUAUGUUGAUCCACUUGGCCCACAAAUGGAAAGACCUAAAACUGCAGCAAAGAAAAGAAAUGAAGAAGAUGAAUUUGCAGAUGAAGAAUUAGGAGACGAUUUACUCCCUGAAUGAUGUAUUCACAGUAUUUAAUAUUUUUUAUAUAUUACUCAGUUUGUAAUUUAAAUAUUUUUUUAUUCUACUUUAAAAAUUAUUAUUUCAGGCACUUGUGAUCCCAAUACAAAUAAAAUACAUUCCAGACAUCUGA